AUGGUCCGGGGAGCUUCUGGAGGGAUAAGGGGUAGGGCCGUUUGGUCUCUGUGGGCGGGAGCUCAGCAGGUUCUCCCUGGGGGCAUUUGGGGUUCAGCCUCAAGCUCUGGGUCUGGCUCUGGGGGGCUGCACUUGUGGGAGUCUCCCCCUCCCCCAUUAACCCUUUUGGCCCAGGCUUGGCGGGGUGGAUCCAGGCCCAGCCUGCGGUGCUCAGUGCUCGGGUGGCUGGAGGCAGUGCUGUGAGGCGCGGGAAGGGGAAGUGGUUUUGUGACACGGGGGGGGCGGGGGGGAUAGACUCUGAGCAGCAGGAGGCCGGGUGUGGCCCAGCGCACGGACCCAAGGACGGACGGGGGGCCCGGCCUGGAUCCCCCCGGGGCCAGGAUGUCGCUCUCCGAGUCAGACUCCUGCUCUGAGCACGAUCUGGAGGGCGAGCCGAGCUGGUCGGUCCUGGAGCAGCUGGCGCUCGAUCCCAGCCCCGACCUGGCGGCCAGCAGCGUCCAGCUGCGCCUGGACGAGGAGAAGGAGCGGAUCCGGCGCGAGAUCCGCAAGGAGCUGAAGAUCAAGGAGGGGGCGGAGAACCUGCGCCGGGCCACCACCGACCGCCGCAACCUGGCCAGCGUGGAGAGCCUGCUGCGCGGCUCCGACCGCAAACUGCGCCAGCUGCACUGCCGGCUGCAGCACCUGGACGCCCACAUCAUGGUCAAGGAGCCCGAGGAGAGCGGAGAUGUCCCCCAGUCACCCAACAGCCUGAGCCGCUCGGCCGCCAACAAGCACCGUCUGGCCGGGCUGGAGAAGCAGCUGAACAUUGAGUUGAAGGUGAAGCAGGGGGCAGAGAACAUGAUCCAGAUGUAUGCCAAUGGCUCCACCAAGGACCGGAAGCUGCUGCAGACGGCCCAGCAGAUGCUGCAAGACAGCAAGACCAAGAUCAAUAUCAUCCGCAUGCAGAUCCGCAGAGCCGCGCAGGCCGACGUGGUACCACCCGAUGGCGAGGACGGGCAAGGGAACCUGGACCUGAGCUGCAUGGAGCUGCGCAUCGAGGAGCUGCGCCAUCAUUUCCGCGUGGAGCACGCUGUGUCCGAGGGGGCCAAGAACGUGCUGCGUCUGCUGGGCUCUGCCAGGACGCCGGACCGCAAGGCCAUCGCUGAGGCCCAGGCGAAGCUGACCGAGUCGAGCCAGAAACUGGACCUGCUGCGCCUGGCGCUGGAGCGGCGCGUGGGGGAGCUGCCCGAGGAUCACCCCAAGGGCUGCAUCAUCAAGGAGGAGCUGAUCAUGGCCACCUCGUCCGCCUUCAGCACCCGCAACAACGCCCCCUACCAGCACAACCAGUACAGCACGCUCUGCAAGCCCUCGCCCCUCACAGGGAUGCUGGAGGUGCAGCUGCUGGGCUGCAGUGGGCUGCUGGAGUCGGUGCCUGGCCGGACCCGUGGUGGUACCGUCUCGCUGCCCUGCAACAACCCCGGCGAGGCGCGCCCCUCCUUCAUGAACCGCAGCGGGCGGGGGCUCUACAGCCGCAGCGGCAGCCUGAGCGGACGGACCAUCCUCAAAUCCGACGACUUCAGCAAUGAGGUGAGCGCCGUGCUGAAGCUGGAUAACACUGUGAUGGGGCAGACGGCCUGGAAGCCUGUGGGCCAGCAGGCCUGGAACCAGACCUUUGCCCUGGAGCUGGAGAGGGCGCGGGAGCUGGAGAUCUCGGUGUACUGGCGGGAUUACCGCAGCCUCUGUGCCUUGAAGCACCUCAAGCUAGAGGAUUUCCUGGACAACCAACGCCACGAGAUCCACCUGGACCUGGAGCCCCAGGGCACCCUGCUGGCCGAGGUGACCUUCUUCGACCCCGUCAUCGAGCGCAUCCCCAAGCUUCAGAGGCAGAAGAAGAUUUUCUCCAAGCAGCAAGGCAAGGCCUUCCUGCGCGCCCGUCAGAUGAACAUCGACAUCGCCACCUGGGUGCGGCUGCUACGGCGCCUCCUGCCCACCACCAGCUCCACCGGCGCCUACAGCCCCUCGGCCCACAUGCCCGCCGGGCCCGGCUCCGAGGGCCACCUCGGCCUGGCCAGAGACUUCUCCAUCGAGAAGCUGAACCUGGACAUGGAUAAGUCGCAGCAGGAGCAGCCAGGCCAGCCGGCCGAUGGUGGGGAGCGACCGGAGAGGGGCGCACUGAGCCCGCAAGCAGGAGAUGAGGAGCCGGUUCUGGAAGGAGACACCCGAAGGCCUGGGAAUAGCACCCUGCACAGGACGACGCCCUUGACGCUGGAUGACUUCAGGUUCUUGGCUGUGCUGGGACGCGGGCACUUUGGCAAAGUGCUGCUCUCCGAAUACAGCCGCACAGGGGAGCUCUACGCCAUCAAAGCCUUGAAGAAGGGGGACAUUGUGGCGCGGGAUGAGGUGGAGAGCCUGAUGUGCGAGAAGCGGAUCUUCGAGACGGUGAAUAGCUCGCGGCACCCGUUCCUGGUGAACCUCUUCGCCUGCUUCCAGACGCCCGAGCACGUCUGCUUCGUCAUGGAGUACACAGCCGGCGGCGACCUCAUGAUGCACAUCCACACUGACGUCUUCACCGAGCCACGGGCCACGUUUUACGCCGCCUGUGUCGUCCUCGGAUUGCAGUUUCUUCAUGAGCGCAAAAUAGUGUACAGGGACCUGAAGCUGGAUAAUUUAUUACUGGACAAGGAGGGUUUUGUGAAGAUCGCAGAUUUUGGCCUGUGCAAGGAAGGGAUGGGCUACGGCGACCGCACCAGCACGUUCUGUGGGACCCCCGAGUUCCUGGCACCCGAGGUGCUGACAGACACGUCCUACACCCGCGCCGUGGACUGGUGGGGGCUGGGCGUCUUGAUCUACGAGAUGCUGGUGGGGGAGUCCCCAUUCCCAGGUGACGAUGAGGAGGAGGUGUUUGACAGCAUCGUGAAUGACGAGGUGCGGUACCCCCGGUUCCUGUCCACCGAGGCCAUUGGCGUCAUGCGCCGGCUCCUGCGCAGGAACCCGGAGCGGCGCCUGGGCUCCAGCGAGCGGGACGCCGAGGACGUCAAGAAGCAGCCGUUCUUCAGGGUCAUUGACUGGGAGGCCCUGCUGGCCCGGCGGCUCCCUCCCCCCUUCGUCCCCAUCAUCAAGGGGCGUGAGGACAUCAGCAACUUCGACGAGGAGUUCACGGCCGAGGCGCCUGCGCUGACGCCGCCCCGCGAGCCGCGCCUGCUCACCGCUGCCGAGCAGGAGGCCUUCCGCCACUUCGACUACCUCGCGGACACCUGCUAGCCCAGGGGAGAUCUGGGCCGCGGGAACGGACGGAGGGUUUCCCACUGGCGCCCCGUGGGGCUCUGAAGGACACAGUGGGGCGGGGAGCCAGCCCGGAUCCGUGCUGGGGGGGCAGUUUGGCUCCAAGGCUGCAGAAGCAAGACGGGGAGGUGGAUCUCUUGGAGUCCCUGCCAGGGAUUGCUGCCCUCCAACCCCACCCUCCCCAUCUGCCCCCUCUGCCCGUGACUUUCUCUUGGACCAUUGUAGUUUUGCCAACAAGCGAAGGGGAGGAGCUCAGUGCUGGCCCUACCCUGGUUCCUACCCCCAGCCUGGGUCUGGCCCUGGCGCUGCGGAGGGUGAAAGGCUGAGCCCCACCCUCUGCUCUCAGAGGUAGGGGUGCAGCGAGAGGAGGGGUCUGUGCCCUGCAUCCUGGGUGGGGGGAGGAUGGGCACUGAGGGGAGGUGGGGGCCCUGCCAGGCCAGGGUGGAGUCAGCUCAUGGGGGUGGGGAGCUGCUGGACCCUCGGGGCAAGUAGGGGCCACCCUGAGGGCAGAGGAGUGGCACCCAAUGUUGGGUCCUGGGGGAGGACUGGUGGCCAGGUCCCAGAAGGAUGCCCAGGAGGGUCCACCUCCCACCCCCCUGCCCCUCUCUGAAGCCCUGGAAACCUCCCCUGAGCUAGGGGGCUUUAUGCCCCGCAGCCCCUCAUCCUACCACAGCUCUACCCAGGGUUCAGCUGCCCUCUGCCCAUGGCUGUAGGCCCAUCUGCUCCCCCAAGGCCAGGCGAGGGUCAGCCUAGCCCUUUGCCUGUGGGCUCUUCCUCAUAUCAUGGACCAUUUGAAGCAUCUGGAGGCAGGUGACACAGGAGCUGGUGGGGGCAGCUGCCGCUGGGGCAGGGCAUGGGCGCUGUUUAUACAGGGAUCCCUGGCAUGGCAUUGAAAUGCAGCUGCCUCUGGGGUGGGCUGUACCAGCUGCUUAACAGCCACCAGCAACAGAACACAACAGUUUUAGGACUGGAGGGGAAGGGGGAUUGUAUCGGGACUGUAGGCAGGCGGCAGGGGGCUGCCCCAAAGGGACUUUGGCCAGGAAGCUGGCGCUCCCACCCUGUCACUGGCCAUGGGCUGGGCCAUGUUUUUAAGAACACGUUGGCCAAACAACUGUGGGGGAUGGUCUAGGUACCCAUGGCCCUGCCUGGGUGCAGGGUGCUGGACUUGACCUCGGGUUCUGCGACAACUGAUCAGGGCUCCAGCUUUAAUUCUAAGCCAAAACCAGGGGGCCCUGUGCAUUGCCUUGAAAGGGAGAGUGGCCCCUGCUCCCCGCAGCACAGCGCCCCCUAGUGCCAGGCUGGUGUUUUAGGGUCAGCACUCACUGUGAAGGGAGAGUGCCCCUGCUGUGCUCCCCCACAAUCCCUGCAGCACAGCGCCCCCUAGUGCCGUGCUGGUGUUUUAGGGUCAGCACUCACUGUGAAGGGAGAGCGCCCCUGCUGUGCUCCCCCACCUUGCUCCCAGUAGCACAGCGCCCCCUCGUGCUGUAUGGGGGCACUGAGCCCCUGUCCCACUCCCUGCAUUUUCCUUGUCUCUCACCAGUCUGAUCACACUCAGCAUGAUGUCCUAGCCUCCCCGCUCACUGCAUGAAGGUUAGAGGGGCUGGAGCCACAUCACCCCUGAUAAAGGGGAGCAGAGGCCUCCCUGGGUAUGACUGGGGUGAGAGCUGGGGGCUGCUGGCCCCAUGGGGUGGUCAGGCAGGCACAAGGGCUGAGGGAACAGCAGAUCCACAGGGGUUGGGGGAAGGGAUUCCCUGUGUACUCCCAUCCCCGGGGGUGUGGGGGAGGCCACUGUCUCUACGUUCCCACCCACAGGGUGCUGCCCCAUCCUGCAGCACCUCCCCAUGGGGGCUUCAUGCACCUGCCUGCUGCUCCAGUCCCCACGGAGCUGUGCCCCUCACCGCAGUGUCACCACAACAGGGGCUGUUCUCAUCCUGGUUGGCAGGCGUUGAGUCCAUUGCUUAUGAAUGGGUGAGGGGUCUAGUGAUGGAGGUGGGGCUGGGGAAUCAGGACUCCUGGGUUCUGUUACUGAUGGGGAAGAAAGAAGGGUCUAGUGGUUAAAGAGGGGCAUAUGGCCAGAAGUCAGGGUUCUGUCCUGGACCUAGGAGAGUGGGCUCUCGUGGUUAGAGCAGGAGGGGCUGGGAAUCAGGACUUCUGGGUUCUGUUCCCGGCUCUGCCACUGACUUGCUGUGUGUGCCUGGUGGAGACACAUUUCUUGUGCCUCAGUUUCCCCUUUAACAUUCCCGCCCCUGCCUAUCAGCCUUUGGGGUGUGGUCGCUCUGGCUCCAGGCAAAGACUCAAGGUUACAGUCACCCCGCCGCCCGCCUGCCUUUUAACUACCUCUGUCCCCGCAGGGAAACCCUCGGGCUGUGUUCUGUGGGGCAAGAGGGAGCCAAUCAGCUGCCUUUGUGUUAUGAGAUGUGAGUUGUAAAUUAUAGACCAGUUAAGCAAAUGUUGCAGCCCAGCUGUCGGCGGCGUCUCAUUCCGGGAGGCUAGAAGAGCUCUCA